AGCAAAACAAUAAAGGCUGAUUGGUUUGUAGUAAUACGUCAAAUCUCACACAUUAACAGCUAGCAACACAUUCAUAACAAGACUUUGAACAAAUCAUAAAUUUCUCCUUUGCAGAUAACAAUGGAAUAUCAGUAUCUUGUGGGAGUGGGAGGGAUCUUGGUUAGCACUUUGGUGUUUUUGUUUGCGGUCUAUAGUUUUUCAGAGAAGAGGAAGAUCACCGGUUCAAGUUCAUCAAUAUAUGUUAAGUUUAAAGGAGGGUCUGCAGCAGAGGCAUCACAAGAUGGAGGAGCAUACACUCAAGAGGCUGAAGAAAGCAGAGAUGUUAUCAUUGUCGGCGCCGGAGUUGCCGGUGCAGCUCUUGCUUACACGCUUGGAAAGGAUGGAAGGCAAGUGCAUGUGAUUGAAAGAGACUUGAAUGAACCUGACAGAAUUGUUGGUGAAUUGCUUCAGCCUGGGGGAUAUCUCAAGUUACUUGAAUUGGGUCUUCAGGAUUGUGUAGACCAGAUUGAUGCUCAGAAAGUGUUUGGCUAUGCUCUUUACAAGGAUGGAAAGAACACCAGACUGUCUUAUCCCUUGGAAAAUUUUGACAGUGAUGUUUCUGGUAGAAGCUUUCACAACGGCCGCUUCAUUCAGAGAAUGCGAGAAAAGGCUUCAUCUCUUCCAAAUGUAAAAUUGGAGCAAGGAACUGUCACAUCUCUACUUGAAGAAAAUGGAACCAUCAAAGGUGUGCACUACAAAACCAAGAGUGGACAAGAGUUCAUAGCAAAGGCUCCCCUGACCAUAGUAUGUGAUGGAUGCUUUUCCAAUUUGAGGCGUUCCCUUUGCAAUCCCCAGGUUGAAGUACCUUCUCAUUUUGUAGGCCUUGUCCUAGAGAAUUGUAACCUGCCAUAUGCAAAUCAUGGACAUGUUAUCUUGGGUGAUCCUUCACCAAUUCUGUUUUAUCCAAUCAGCAGCACCGAGAUUCGAUGUUUGGUUGAUGUGCCUGGCCAAAAAUUACCUUCUGUUGGUAAUGGUGAUAUGGCUCAUUAUUUGAAAACUGUGGUAGCUCCUCAGGUUCCUGGAGAGUUGUAUAAUUCUUUUAUAGCAGCAGUUGAUAAGGGUAACAUAAGAACAAUGCCAAAUAGAAGCAUGCCUGCUUGGCCUUACCCCACUCCCGGCGCGCUUCUGAUGGGAGAUGCCUUCAACAUGCGCCACCCUUUAACCGGAGGAGGAAUGACCGUGGCCUUGUCUGACAUUGUUGUGCUAAGGGAUCUACUUAAGCCUCUGCAUGAUCUCCAUGAUGCUGCUUCUCUUUGCAACUAUCUUGAAUCUUUCUACACCUUGCGCAAGCCAGUGGCAUCUACAAUAAACACUUUAGCUGGUGCAUUAUACAAGGUGUUUUGUGCAUCACCUGAUCCUGCUAGGAAAGAAAUGCGCCAGGCAUGUUUUGAUUAUCUGAGCCUUGGAGGUGUUUUCUCAAAUGGACCAAUAGCUCUACUAUCCGGCCUAAAUCCGCGGCCGCUCAGCCUCGUUGCUCAUUUCUUUGCUGUUGCUAUAUAUGGUGUCGGCCGCCUGCUGAUACCAUUUCCUUCUCCCAAUCGGAUUUGGAUCGGAGCUAGACUGAUUUCAGGUGCAUCAGGCAUCAUUUUCCCCAUUAUCAAGGCCGAAGGAGUAAGACAAAUGUUCUUCCCUGCAACUGUGCCGGCAUAUUACAGAACCCCUCCUAUUCAUUCCCAUCAUUGAAUACACACAUAUCUUGAAAGGACAGAGAUGGAAAUAGAUAGAAAUCAGUUCCCACAUUCUUUGGGCAUGUGGUAGUCCAAUACUGCUAAAAAGAAUAAGAGGAUUCCAUCAAUUCCAAAAUCACACACAAGGGCAAUGCAAAUUGCAACCUAUACAUAUUGUACUACAUAAUAUUAAACAACUUUUUUGGAAUUCCAAAAGCCCAAACCAAAACCAAGUUUACAAGCAUCAGACUUGUAAAAUUGAUAGUAAGUCCACGGCUUUUGGCUAUUAGUAUGGUAUUCAGAAUUAAAUGGAUGUCAUUAGUGUCACAA